GAUCUUGAAUCAAGCGCCUCACAGGCUCCUGACGAACUCGCAGCCGAGCUCGAUUACUUUCGAGGUCUUCUUGAACGGAUUAUGAGGAUUGUCCGCAGUGGAGAUCCGGCGCGUGUUGCUCACUUGAUCUCCAUCAUUCGUGCCAAUCCCUCUGAUACCGACAUCUACGCUCUGCUGAACAAUGAUCCUGCCAGCAAUGAU